CUGGCCAAGGGGCUAUAUAACCCUACCGAAUUCCCACUUCCCUGACACCACUCAGCCAGUGUGGAGACGCCCAGCCAAGCAUCAUCCGGAACCCUGUAAAGCAGCUCCAGCCAUGUGUGAAGAAGAGGACAGCACUGCCCUUGUGUGUGACAAUGGUUCUGGUCUCUGUAAGGCCGGCUUUGCUGGGGACGAUGCUCCCAGGGCUGUGUUCCCAUCCAUUGUGGGACGUCCCAGGCAUCAGGGGGUGAUGGUGGGAAUGGGACAAAAAGACAGCUACGUGGGUGAUGAGGCACAGAGCAAAAGGGGGAUCCUGACCUUGAAGUACCCGAUAGAACACGGCAUCAUCACCAACUGGGACGACAUGGAAAAGAUCUGGCACCACUCCUUCUACAAUGAGCUCCGUGUGGCCCCCGAGGAGCACCCAACCCUGCUCACUGAAGCACCCCUCAACCCCAAGGCCAACCGGGAGAAAAUGACCCAAAUUAUGUUUGAGACCUUCAAUGUCCCAGCCAUGUAUGUGGCUAUUCAGGCGGUGCUGUCCCUUUAUGCCUCUGGACGCACAACUGGCAUCGUGCUGGACUCUGGUGAUGGUGUCACCCACAAUGUGCCCAUCUAUGAGGGCUAUGCCCUGCCCCAUGCCAUCAUGCGCCUGGACCUGGCUGGCCGAGAUCUCACUGACUACCUCAUGAAGAUCCUGACCGAGCGAGGCUAUUCCUUCGUGACCACUGCCGAACGUGAGAUCGUGCGGGACAUCAAGGAGAAGCUGUGCUACGUAGCGCUCGACUUUGAAAACGAGAUGGCCACUGCUGCAUCCUCCUCCUCCCUUGAGAAGAGCUAUGAGCUGCCUGAUGGGCAAGUGAUCACCAUUGGGAAUGAGCGCUUCCGCUGCCCGGAAACCCUCUUCCAGCCCUCCUUCAUUGGGAUGGAAUCUGCUGGCAUCCAUGAGACCACCUACAACAGCAUCAUGAAGUGCGACAUUGACAUCAGGAAGGACUUGUAUGCUAACAAUGUCCUCUCAGGGGGCACGACCAUGUACCCGGGCAUUGCCGAUCGGAUGCAGAAAGAGAUCACGGCCCUUGCGCCCAGCACCAUGAAGAUCAAGAUCAUCGCCCCUCCAGAGCGCAAAUAUUCUGUCUGGAUCGGUGGCUCCAUCCUGGCCUCUCUGUCCACCUUCCAGCAGAUGUGGAUCAGCAAGCAGGAGUACGAUGAGGCUGGACCCUCCAUUGUCCACCGCAAAUGUUUCUAAGACACCCCAUGCUCUGCGUGUGGCUAGCACACAACUGUGAAUGUUUUGUGGAAUAAUGCCUUCGAUUUCUUUCCAAAUAAUUCCUAAUCAAAGCUCUGAUUCGUUACCUAUGUUUUU